CAGGCUCUUGGCUUGCAAGAAAGAAAAUGGAAAAGCCCCGUCCACUGUGGGAUAACUCUUUACAGUUUGUGUUUGCCUGCAUAUCCUAUGCUGUUGGGUUAGGAAAUGUUUGGAGAUUUCCUUACUUAUGCCAGCUGUAUGGAGGUGGUGGUUUUUUGAUUCCAUACCUUAUCAUGCUAAUCGUGGAAGGGAUGCCAUUGUUAUAUUUGGAAUUAGCUGUUGGUCAGCAUUUCCGCCAAGGAAGCAUAGGAGCGUGGAAGACAAUAAGCCCUUAUCUCAGUGGUGUUGGAAUUGCCAGUGUUAUGAUAUCAUUUUUCCUGUGUAUUUAUUACAAUGUAAUAAAUUCUUGGGCUUUCUGGUACCUAUUUCACUCAUUCCAGGAUCCUUUGCCAUGGUCCACCUGCCCCUUGAACAGCAACAUGACUGCUUAUAUUGAAGAGUGUGAAAAGUCCUCUCCUACUCAAUAUUUCUGGUACAGGGGAACCAUAAAUAUAUCAUCAUCUAUUUCAGAGAGUGGGACAAUCCAAUGGGAGCAGGUGGUCUGCUUAAUUUUAGCAUGGUUUGCUGUAUACCUUUGCAUUUUGAGAGGUCCUGAAUCAACUGGAAAAGUGGUCUAUGUAACAGCUUCAUUACCAUACCUUGUUCUUCUUAUAUACUUGGUUAGAGGUCUCACACUCCAUGGAGCAAUAAAUGGACUGGCAUUCAUGUUUACACCAAAGUUGGAUCAACUAUCAAAUCCCAAAACCUGGAUCAGUGCAGCAACACAGAUAUUUUUCUCGCUGGGACUUGGAUUUGGAAGUCUUAUUGCUUUUGCAAGUUAUAAUGAACCUAACAACAACUGUGAAAGACAUGCCAUCAUUGUUUCCUUGAUCAACAGUGGGACUUCUAUAUUCGCCAGUAUUGUGACUUUUUCUAUCUAUGGGUUUAAGGCAACCUUCAACUAUGAAAACUGUAUAAACAAAGUAAUUAUUUUGUUAACAAAUACUUUUGAUCUUGAAGAAGGAUACAUAAAUGCAGAUAACCUUGAAGACGUGAAACUCUACCUGAACGAAACGUUCCAUAAUGAAUAUGCCGCUAUAUUUCCCCGAAUAAGGAACUGUAGUCUAGAAAAUGAAUUAAGCACGGCUGUCCAAGGAGCUGGCCUUGCAUUCAUUGUCUACACCGAAGCAAUAAAAAACAUGGAAAUUUCGCAGUUGUGGUCAAUCCUAUAUUUUUUUAUGUUGCUGAUGCUGGGAUUAGGAAGUAUGUUAGGAAAUACUGCUGCGAUUCUCACGCCCUUGACAGACAGCAGGUUUAUUUCCAAGUAUUUACCAAAGGAGAUUAUUUCAGGAUUACUUUGUUUCAUCAGUUGCAUUAUUGGAAUAAUAUUUACCAUGGAAUCUGGGAAUUACUGGUUUGAUAUAUUUAAUGACUAUGCUGCCACUCUACCAUUACUGCUUGUAGUAUUUGUGGAAAUUAUAGCCAUCUGUUAUGUUUACGGAUUGAACAGGUUUGAAAAUGAUGUUCAAAUGAUGAUUGGAUAUAAGCCAAAUUGGUACUGGAAAAUCAUGUGGGGGUUUGCAAGUCCUUUGCUGAUAAUAACUUUAUUUAUAUUUUACUUAACUGAUUACAUAAUGGCAGGAAGCCUACAAUAUAAAGCAUGGGAUUCCUCACAGGGUCUGCUCGUCACAAAAGACUACCCAACAUAUGCAUUGGUUAUCAUUGGAUUGCUAGUUGGCACGUCUGUUUCUUGCAUUCCUCUGGGUUCUCUGAUACAUUUCAUUAACAACAGGCGAAGGAGGAUGGACAACUGUAUUUCAAUAGUUCCAACAUAAAAUUUCUAUUUGCAUUUUCCAUAGUUGUAAAGUAAAUAGCAAAAAACAUAUGUUCAUAGUUAAUCAGAUUUGCAUAUACCUACCAAGAAUUCCUUGCACUAUAGGUUUUUUGUGGAAUGGAUGUGUUUGGGAAUGCUUUUUUUUUCUUCUUAACUUUUAAUCACCUUUCUUGUGCCCAUACAUCUAUUAUUUUUUCAAAUAAAAUGUUUGAGUAAAUAAGAAUAUCAAAAUAUGCAUAUAAUAUACACACAUACUAUAUUUGCAGAUUUAAAAAAAUGCUUUUUUGUAGAGUGCUGAAAUAAAGUAGGUUUCAAAUCUGUUAGAAGUGUUCUUUUUUUUUGUAGAGCGCUUAAAUAAGGUUGGUUUCAAAUAAAAAGUUUUUUUCCCUCU